AUUUGUAUGGGACAGUUCUCUUUUUCUGUUUGAGCCAGUGUUGGAGAAGGGUAGAAAGCGAAAUGUGUGACAUAAGAAGUGCAGCACCGCGUUUUCACUUGUAGACUUAUUACUAUUUAUGUAUGAGGGGAUCAUUUUAGCUGGACAUUUAAGAAAGGUGGGCACACAACAGUAAUGGGAGACUGGGACCUUUUUGGGAAGCUUUUGGAAAGUGCCCAGGAACACUCCACAGUGGUGGGCAAAGUCUGGCUCACUGUACUCUUCAUCUUCCGCAUCUUGGUGCUCUGUGCCGCCGCAGACAAGGUUUGGGGCGAUGAGCAGUCCGGAUUCACCUGUGACACCAAACAACCUGGUUGUCAGAAUGUAUGUUAUGAUGUAACCUUCCCAAUCUCUCACAUGCGAUUCUGGGUGCUUCAGAUCAUCUUUGUCUCCACUCCGACACUGAUCUACCUGGGCCACAUCCUGCACCUGGUGCGCAUGGAGCAGAAACAAAAAUGCCACGAGGCAAGGAGGGCAGACGAACAGGCGCUUUUGAGCACCAAAUCUGGUAAAGGUCCCAUUCGUGAUGAACAGGGGAAGAUCUGUCUGGAAGGAGUCCUGCUACGCACGUAUGUCUUCAACAUCAUCUUUAAAACACUGUUUGAAGUGGGCUUCAUUGUGGCACAGUACUUCCUCUAUGGGUUUGAGCUCAAGCCACUGUACACCUGCAACAGAUGGCCCUGUCCCAACACUGUCAACUGCUACAUCUCACGCCCUACCGAAAAAACCAUUUUUAUUGUGUUCAUGCUGGCUGUGGCUUGUGUCUCUCUGCUACUCAACCUGGUGGAGAUGUAUCACCUGGGUUUCACCAAAUGCCGCCAAGGUCUCCGACACAGGCACUCACAUUCUGUCUGCGACACUGAAUCUAAAGUGCCCAGUGAGGUGGUUCCAUUCGUGCCAAACUACCAGUAUUUCCCUGCUCACGCACCACCUCCAGCUCCCUUUCCCACUGAGCCACACUUCAACCUCUCAGAACCCGAUGGAACUUUCCCACCACAUGUCAGUCGCUCUGCUUACAAGCAGAACCGAGAGAACAUGGCUGUAGAGCGCAGCGGGAAACCAGACACUGCAGAUGUCAAGAUCAACAAAACGGCUAAUUCUGUACCCGGAUCACCAAGCCAGCAACGCAGGCCCAGCCACUCAAGUCGCUACAGCAGCAACAAGACCAGGAUGGAUGACCUCAAAAUCUGAUCAGAAGGAAACAAGACUCCAUCACUGAUUCCAGGCUCUCUUUUUCAGAGUUCGGAACACACAAGAGAUUCCCUCUUUCACUUACAGGCACGGAGCAUAUGAUGAGAAUUAAUUUACAAAAGUAUCUGAAUGAAAAUUGGUGUGAUGGUUUACUUGAAAUCAUUUUGUGGGAACAUUGCAAUAACUUCAUCAAUAAUUGAACAAACUGAUGAUUGAAUCAUAGACUAAAUCAUCUUUGCCUUGAUAAUUCAUAAAUGGUAAGUGGAAAAAGAGACAAAAUGUAGAAAUUAUGAUAUAUUAAGUCAUCAUUAUAAAUGAAAAAUGUUAAUUAUUAGUCAUUAUGGAAUUUUUUUGUCUUAAUUAUAUUUUUUGUCAUAAUUUCAAACUUUUUUCAUCAUUUUGAUUUUAAUGUCAUAAUUAUGAAAAGUUGUCAUAUUUUUUUACCUAUUCCAAAAUGCUGACUUCCAACAUUAUAUGUCAUAAUUAUAGUUUACCGAAACAUUUUUGUCUUGCGUGUCAGAAAAUGCUUUUCAAUUAACAACAGUAAAAUAUGUAGGAAGCUUAUGGGUAAAUGUGAAUAUUUAAAUAUUGUGGGUUUUUUGGAUGGUGGAACUGACUGUGGAGGAAAACUCAUUUAUUUAUAUUUUAUUUCAGUGGCAACACUAAUCACAUUUUACAAGUCGACAGCUUACAACAGUUAUUUCAUCCAGACUUGGCUGACUGUCUUUACCAGGCAUUUACAAUGUGUCUAUGGCCUGUUUAAAUCUUUCAAGCUAGAGAACCAAAACUGUAUGAAUGUACCGUCCACACGUGUAAACAUGAAUGAUAUAAAGCAAAGUUGCUAUGUGUGUGUUCACUUCUUAAAUAAACACUGGAGACUAUUCUUAGAGAGCUGAAAUGAGUACUCGGAGACACUUUGUAUAUGUGUGUGUGUCCGGUUUGAAACUUGAGACAGGUCUGGCAGACAGAUGGGAAGGAGCACUGAUUGGCUAAAUCGGUUCCAUUAGGCAAGAGUACAGACUGAUUCAUAUUUCAGCAGAUCCAAAAAGUUUAAAGUGUCAUUGAGAGGUUAUGGAUUGUUAUUGCCUCUCUUCCUCUGCUCCAAACCCUUGGGGAGCCGCCUUGCUGUCUUCUGUCCUUCAAAGGCUAUCAAAGAAGACUAUUCAAAGUAGACUUUUACAUUUUGAAAAGCCACAUGACCAGAGACUUUCCCUCAGAGGGAGACAACAACCUCUGCUUCAAGCUGACAUGAAAUAAAA